AUGAGCAUCUCCUCUGUUCUAUUACUUGAUGAUAGCUCGCCACUUGUUGAUCCCUCUAGGUAUACACAAACAGUAGGUGCUCUUCAUUAUGUCACUCUCUCUCGCCCUGAUAUUGCUUUUGCAGUAAACAAGGUUAGUCAGUUCAUGCAUGCUCCUAUUGAAAAUCACUGGGCUGAAGUUAAGCGUAUACUACGUUAUCUAAAGGGGACACUAAGCUUGGGCUUAUGGAUCCGCCAUACGUCUGGUUAUCGACUUCAAGCAUUUACAGAUUCUCAUUGGUCCACUAAUCUUCAGGCCUUCUCGGACUCUGACUGGGCUGGUUGCCCAAUCGAUCGUCGAUCCAUGGGGGGAUUUGCUAUCUACAUAGGCACUAAUCUGAUUUCUUGGUCUGCUCGUAAACAGAAAGCUGUUUCUCGUUCCUCAACAGAAUCUAAAUACAAAGCCAUUGCAGAUACAAUUGCAGAAUUAAUCUGGAUUAAAUCUCUUCUUCGAGAACUUGGUUUGAAUAGUGAAGCCCAACAUUAUGGUGUGAUAAUCUUGGGAAAGCUCAAUGUCAAGUUUAUUUCAACGGAUGAUCAAAUAGUAGAUAUCUUCACAAAGCCUUUAUCUUCUAAAAAAUUUGAGUUUCUCAGAUCCAAGUUACAGAUUGCUACUCGCCCUGAAGUUGUGAGGGAAUAUUAG